AUGGUGGUGACCGGCGGCGGGAUUCUGGCGGUGAUGACCAAACGACGUGAAGAAGAAGACUCACCAUCGUCAGUUGAAGAAGAAGACCCACCAUCGUCAAUUGAAGAAGAAGACCCACCAUCGUCUGCGACAGAGGUGCUAGUAGUCCAAGGAAAGGGUGGACAGUAUGACAUUCUAGCAACUCAAGCAGGAGGCAUUGAAAAUGUUGGUUUUACUCAACAAGAUAUAUACAACUCCAAUAGAGAUAGACGUAUGAAGAUCAAGGGUCAUGAUGGAGAAAUGUUGUUUGAUCAUUUCAUGAAUGAGCAAGAAAAAAAUCCAGGGUUCAUAUUCAAGGUUGAGACCAAUAUUGAACACAAGAUUACUCGAUGUUUUUGGGCUGAUGCAAUCUCUAGGCAAUCGUACAAGUUUUAUGGUGAUGCAGUUAUCUUCGACACCACCUACAACACCAAUCGAUAUUGUAUGAUCUUUGCACCAAUUAUGGGAGUAAACAACCAUGGUCAGACAAUUAUUUUUUCUGGGGCAUUCUUAAGUGACGAGACUGCAGACUCCUUCAUUUGGUUGUUUAGAGAAUUUUUGAGGGCUAUGCCAGGUGAUGCUCCGAAAAUUAUUAUUACUGAUCAGGAUCCCGCAAUGACAAAAGCCAUUUCAGAAGCUCUUCCAAACACAUUUCACAGGUAUUGUAGCUGGCAUAUUUUGAAUAAAUUCUCUGACAAGCCCGAGUGUAUUCUUCACUAUCAACAAUUUAGAGAAUGCGUUUGGGAUUCUGAGAGUAGAGAUGAGUUUGACUUGAGAUGGAAGAGUAUUGUUGAGAACAGCGGGUUAAAUGAAGAUACAUGGUUGCAAUCAAUAUUUAAUAUUCGGUCUAAAUGGGUUCCAGCUUAUGUGAACCACAUUUUCUCAUGUGGAAUGUCUAGUAGUCAGCGAGCAGAAAGUGGGCAUGCAUUUUUCAAGAGGUAUGUAUCAAAACACAAUUCCUUGGUGGACUUUAUGGUUCAAUUUAAUAGAGGACUUUUACACCAACGACACUUGGAAUUGAUGGCAGAUCACACUGAUAUCAAUGAGAAGGCAAAAACUAAGUGCCCCAUAAUGAUGGAUAGACAAAUGGCUAAUAUAUACACACGUACUUACUUCUAUAAAUUUCAAGAUCAGUUGUGGGAGAGUUAUUGCAACAAUGUUGAGCUUACAGAAGAGAAUGCCACUCACUGCACAUAUAAAGUUGUACAUAUGGAUGGCAAAAAGAAAAAAAGAAACCGGCUGAUUGUUUAUGACAAAUAUGCAGAUUUUGCAUCAUGUAGCUGUCAUAUGUUUGAGAGUUUGGGAAUCCCAUGCAGCCAUACUUUGGCAUAUUUGCACAAAAUACGUCAGCUUCAUGAAUUGCCAGAUCAAUAUAUUUUGAAGAGAUGGACUAGAUCUGCUAGAUCUGAUCUUGUGGUAGACAAUGAUGGUGUUGAGAUAUUUGUUGACAACUCCUUAAUAGGAAAGCGCAGUGCUUUAUUCCAACGAUAUUCACAUGUGAUUGAUAAAGUCAUCUUAAGUGAUGAGGCUAGUCAGAUCUUCUGUGAGGCAUUGGAUUCAUUGAUUGAGAGGAUUAAACCAUUGCUUAAUGGUGCCGAAGAAGUACUACCUUCUGCAAGAAGAAGUAUUGAUUUUGAAACUAGUUUAAAUGAACCAGAUCCUGUUAAAGCAAAAGGAAGCGGGAAAAGACUUAAGGGCAGAAAGGAGUUGGCGAGAGAAAAAUACAAAGGUCGGCGUUGUAAUGGGUGUGGAAAAUAUGGACAAACACACGACAAAAGGAACUGUCCUAUGCUUCAAAAAUCAUCUUCAAUCGUUGACAAAGAUGCUUUUAAUGGCAUGGAUAAUAGUUCUUCGUCACAGGAUGAUGAGUUUUUUGGAUGAUGUUUCGAGCUCCAAUGAUUCCACCUAUUUCUUGGAAAGAGCUAGGACAUGGCUAGUAAGGUGUCUGUAACAACACAAGAUGUGUGUGUUC